GCUUUGUUGUUCGUUUGUUUAAGACUUCCCCGGAUUCACCAGCCGUUCUUUUCGUCAGCUCCGAGAUCACAUUAAACUACAUUUAAAAAUGCCGAGUGGCAGAAACUUUCGGAGGAGAAGAGACUCGUCAGAUGUCGAAGAAGACGAGACAACCCGAGAAGUCAGAUCCAAAGUCGAAGAGGCUAAAGAGCUGCAGACUUUGCGGAAACGACAAAGCGGAGUCAGUGUGACCGCCCUGCUGGUUGGAGAGAAACUACCAGCAGAUGCUGAGAUCGAUAAUGAUCCGUUCAAACUGAAGACUGGAGGAGUCGUAGACAUGAAGAAAAUCAAAGACCGGAACAGGGACAGGGACAGGGACAUGACAGAAGAGGAAACGGACCUCAACCUGGGAACAUCUUUCUCUGCUGAAACCAACAGAAGAGACGAGGAUGCAGACAUGAUGAAGUAUAUUGAGACGGAGCUGAAAAAGAAGAAGGGCUUGGUGGAGGCGGAGGAGCAGAAAGUUAAGGUGAAGAACGCAGAAGACCACCUGUAUGAGCUGCCCGAGAACAUCCGGGUCAACUCUGCUAAGAAGACUGAGGAGAUGUUAUCCAAUCAGAUGCUGAGUGGGAUCCCUGAAGUAGAUCUUGGCAUCGAUGCAAAGAUAAAGAACAUCAUCCAGACAGAAGACGCAAAAGCCAGACUUCUGCAAGAGCAGAGGAACAAGAAAAAAGACCAGGGCACAUCAUUUGUACCAACCAACAUUGCCGUCAACUACGUCCAACACAACCGCUUCUACCAUGAGGAUUCGAACGCGCCACAGAGGCAUCACAGACACAGAGAGGAGCCUAAGGCCAGACCGCUGCGUGUGGGAGACACCGAGAAACCAGGUCCAGAGACAUCAACCCCGCCCAACUACCGCAAACGUCCAAAUAAUGAGAAGGCCACCGAUGACUACCACUAUGAGAAAUUCAAGAAGAUGAACCGAAGAUAUUGAGGAGCUGCAUGUUGUUUUCAAUAAGGAUUUACUCAACAUGUCUAUUUUUAAAGAGUCAAAAAAGAUAAUUUGUGGAGUGGAUUUCCUAAACAAAUGUAGAUGACAGUUUUCCUGAGUGUUGUGCUUUGUAAAUGUUGUAUAUAGCCCUGUGUCAGUUGCUUAUAUUGGUCAAGACAUGAAAAUCCAAAACAAUUGACAAAAAAAUAUCAGAAUGUUGUGAAAUACAAGGACAAGAGAAUUUUGAAACAAAGGGAUAUCCCAGCUCUGAGUUUUUUAGCAUGUUAUUUUUAGUCCAAUUCAAAGUACUAGUUCUAAUUUUUGAAGGCUUUCAAAAACACAUUUGAAUAAAAAUAUUAAACCCA